AUGGUUCAACUGCUGAUAGAUGCAGGCGCCGACGUGAAUCUCAUGGACAAUAACAAACGCACACCUCUCUCCUUUGCUGCAGAGAAUGGACACGACGCCCUAUCCUGUUUACUGCUGGAUAAAGGUGCCGACAUGCACCUCAAGGACACGACGCAUCGUUCGUCGCUUUCUUACGCUGCAUCCAAAGGACAGAGAAGCGUUGUGCGAGCACUGCUCGACAAGGGUGCUCAUAUAGAUUCGCUAGACAGCCAGUCGCGAACGCCUCUCAACUGGGCUGCAGAGCAUGGGGAGGUAACCACGAUUCAACUACUGCUUGAGAAAGGUGCACGAACAAACUUUCAUGGGCAUUCGAGAUCUCUUGUAAAUGCGAUCUGGCGUGGUCGUACUGAAGUGGCAGGUCUUUUGAUAUCACACGGUGCUCGUGUGCAGGACCCGUGCUUCAAUGUGGGCCAAUGGAAGAGUGCAAUUGGCGAUAAUCCGGCCAUGAUUAAGCUGUUGCUCGAGAUUGAUUUCGACUUUGAUAUGACGGAUUGGUACCACAGAACCGCUCUAUCUUCCGCAGCAGUGGAAGGCGAUGUCGAUCUGAUUAGGCUAUUGCUCGAGGGUGGCGUCAAGCCGAACAUCAGGGAUGGAUAUGGUGAAACCCCUCUUAUGUGUGCCGCUCGAGGGGGCCAUGUGGCAGCGACUGCAACAUUACUCGAGAAUGGAGCCGAGCCAAUCUCUGAAGACGAGGAAGUACAGUUGCCCUUGGAGCUUGCUGCACAAACGGGCGAUCUGGCGACAGUCAGGCUGUUAUCCACGUAUGGUUCUUUGGAUUGGCUCGCAGGCAGCUUCUCUGAAAUCAUUACAAAUGCUGCCAAAAGAAAUGAUACCGCCGUGCUUGAACUACUCCUCAACAAAUCAGCUAUCAGCGUUCGUGGCGAAGCCCUUUACUACGCCCUGAAGGAUGGUUGUACGAAUGCUGCUGAGAUGCUGCUGCAUCAUGAUGCAGAUGCGCGUGGCGCUCUCUCAGCCGCAGCUACAUACGGGUGUAAAGAGGUUGUAGAAGCGCUGCUGGCAGAUGGUGUUUGCUCAGAUGAACCGGCACCAUCAGAUCCAACUGGCCGGACUCCGCUCUCAUACGCAGUUGGAAAUGGAUGCUUGGAGCUGGUAACUCUAUUUUCGGAGCAUGGAGCCGCCGUGCAAUGUAUUGACCAUAGCGGCCGCACUCCAUUGUCCUACGCCUCUGAGAACGGACACACAACAGUUGUCGAGUUUCUCCUGGGCAACGGUUGUGAUCCCGAUUUUCGGUUACCAAGCGCUAACUGCGAAGGCAGCUACCGGACGCCUUUGUCAUUGGCGGCUGCAAACGGCCACAGAACUGUAUCUGAACUCCUUCUAAAGUAUGGCGCCAAACCAGAUGUUGCCGCUCAUGACGGUAGGACACCUCUAUCAUUCGCAGCUGAAAUGGGACAUACAAGGAUGGUUGAGCUCCUGUUAAGCAAGGGCGCUGACCCUAAUAUCUCCACUCUUGAGGGCUGGACACCUUUAUCAUCUGCCGCUGAGAGGGGCUAUAUAGCGAUUUGCAGGAUGCUUCUGGCCAACGGCGCUGAUGUCAAUACUCGAACUGUCAGUGGAAAGUCUCCAAUAUUACUCGCGACCGAUUACGAUAAUACGCCGGAGAUCGUCCGAACCCUGCUUGGGUAUGAUGCUGAUGCGGACAUUGGCCAUGAUGCUGGAACGCCCUUGAUGCAAGCUUGCCUUUACGAAUGGGAAAAUACAGUGAUCGCUCUACUCGAAAGGGGAGUUUCUCCGAAUACAAGAGAUCAAUAUGGGAGAAGCGCAAUUUGGUACGCUGUUGGGAGCCAACAAAAAGCCGUGGUUCGUGCUUUGUUGGAGUUCGGGGCGGACCCGAACAGUGCAGACCAUGACGGCGUGACACCGCUGAUGCGCUCAGUCAAAGAGUCAUUCAGGGACCCUCAGAAAUCAUGCACUCUUUCGAUUAUAAAGUCGCUGCUUGACAGCGGGGCUGACAUAAACGCUUCCGACAACCGCUGUCAGACGCCGCUUUCUUUAGCCGUGGAGGUCGGCAACGCAUCAGCUGUCUCUCUCCUACUUUCCCGCGGGGCUUCACCUAAUGACAGGGAUGAACAGGGUCGAACUGCCCUGUUGCUCGCCGUGGCAAAUGAUUCGCGGGUGAUGGUCAAAUCUUUCCUAGCUGCGGGCUUCGAUCUUAGCUACAUUGAAGACGAAGCUGGAUGCAGUCCCAUAUGCAAGGCAGCAGCACAAGGCAGCAUAGAGAUUGUGGCGAUGCUCUUAGAACACGCCCAGAACAACCUCGCAGCCAGUAUCAGCAUUCCGCGACGAGCAUUCAUCGAAGCGGCGAUGAACAGACAUGAAGAAAUGGUGACCCUCCUACUCCGAGCAGACGGCGUUGAUGUAACGGGAAAAGCCACAGUUCUAUCCUCGUACGCCCAGACAGAACUACAAGACGCGAAUGGGCGGCGGCCGCAUGAUCACUCAGGUGAGACCACAAGGCGGGGAAUGGACGAUUUCACUUGGGGCUCCGACUACAACCCGAAAUAUCGCUAUCUUCGGAGGAUGCUGGCAUGGGCAGCACGCCAAGGUGACGUGGAAACGAUGCGACUGCUUCUGGAUAAACUCGAGGUAGGGUUGCCAAAGGCAGAAGGCCUGAGGGAACUAGCUAGAAAGAGAGGGCACCAAGACGUGGUUGAGCUUGUGGAUAAACGUUAUUUGACGAGGUACGCUUCGCGACUGCUAACAUGGGCGGCAGGAGGAGGUGACCCGGAAAGAGUGCAGUCGAUCUUGGACCAAUGCAAUGUAGGCCUACAGACGGCGCGAGAGGCCAUCUGGCUAGCUAAGGACGGAGGGCAUACAGCUGUGCUGGAGGUGCUGGCCAAGCACACAUUCACGGACAUUCCCGACUCUGGAACCGAAAGCGAUUCUGAAAAUGAUGAUCCCUGGUGGUCGUCACAUUCAUCAGACUAUUCAGACUCGCUGGAGGAAGAGGAUGACAUGGAAUCUUGGCCUUCGUCUCGCGACGGCGCUGUUCAAUUAGACUUGGUUUGA